CUCUUCAACGAGGCGGCGGAGCAGACGCCGACAUGCAGAUCUUUGUGAAGAUCCUGACGGGCAAGACCAUCACUCUUGAGGUCGAGCCCAGUGACACCAUCGAGAAUGUCAAGGCCAAGAUCCAAGACAAGGAAGGCAUCCCACCAGACCAGCAGAGGCUGAUAUUUGCCGGCAAGCAGCUGGAGGAUGGCCGCACCCUGUCGGACUACAACAUCCAGAAAGAGUCCACCUUGCACCUGGUGCUGCGCCUGCGUGGUGGCAUCAUCGAGCCGUCCCUUCGUCAGCUCGCCCAGAAGUACAACUGUGACAAGAUGAUCUGCCGCAAGUGCUAUGCACGCCUGCACCCCCGUGCGGUCAACUGCCGCAAGAAGAAGUGUGGCCACACCAACAACCUGUGCCCCAAGAAGAAGGUCAAAUAAAGCUCGGCCGUACCUGGCCC